AUGGCUGGAAGUCGGAGGUCUCGGCCGUUGUCGGAAGACGGGGCUAAGCAAACCUCGGUCGUCGAGAGCUCGAAAUCGCUGGACAAUGGUCGGGGCUUGCAAACAGUCGCGGCCCGAUGGGAAUCGAGGCCCGAAGUUGCUGGAGGACUGGCCUCGUCGGACGUUGGUCCCGUCGCCAGGAAUUCUGAUGACCCUCGGCUCGCCUUGAAUGGUGGGCUCACGGUCGUCGGUAGUUGGUGGCUCGCUGCUGGAAGCUUGCUGGCCGAAUGGAUUGAUUUGUCGUCGUCGGAUUGUUUCGAGGGUUUACCGUUCGCCAGUCGAAGAAGAAGAAUCGGGCUGGAAAACAUUGAUUUUUUGUCAUCGAAACUUGUUUCGUCUCAGCCGCAUGAAGCUAGUCUCAACCCCGUGGAAAUUCUCGUCUCUGCCAUGGAAGAGCGCUGUUCCUGUUCCUGGAAGAAGCCUCGCCUGUUGCCGGACGUGCUCAGAAACCUGCGCAGCCGCGGGCUGCUUGCUCUCGCUGCUCCAGCCGUGGGGUUCUGA